CCAAGAUGGAGCUUGGGGUAAGAUAUGUGGCGACGAGUGGACAGAAAUAGAAGCAAAGGUCGUGUGUGGACAAUUAGGAUUGCCCACAACAUAUGUGAAAGCGAUUAGAGAUUCGAAUCCGAAUUACAGAAAUGAAAACAACAAGUUUGCCAUUUAUUUGACUCGAUGUACAGGAGCUGAGAAUAGAAUUACAGAAUGUGAAAUUGAACAAUUUGACUUGAAUAAGCAUUGGUGCAGCAGAGGAGCAGGUGUUCAAUGUUUUGCUAACAAACCUGAAUAUCGUUUAACGAAAGGACCCCCCUUCAAACUGGAAAAUGGCAGCAGUAUUUCUCUGGAAGGUUUGGUUGAGGUUAAGGUUGAAGGGAAAGACUGGACACCAGUAUGCGGUCCUAAUUUCCAAAUAAAAGAGGCAAAACUGCUUUGUGAACAACUGUUACCAGAGUCAGGGCUUGAUGAAGUAAAAAGUUUCUGCUAUGCCAUUCCUAAACGUGCGUUUCAAGUUACUUGUCCAUAUGAUGCACUUUCCAUUGAUGAUUGUGUUGAACAGUUUGGUCUUCGAAAGUGUGAAUAUCAAUCUUAUGUGAGAUGUAUCGAGCCUCUGCACAACAAAUUAGAACGUCUUGGUCUCACUGUGUUUGAUGUAAGUGAACAACCUCUUUCUCUUUACCGGGAAAUAGGUGACAUGUUUGAGCAGAUACAACCAUUUACACCACCAUUCUCUAGUGGAAUGGUUUUGACAAAGGUUGCGAUAGAUUUGAAUCAAACACUGGAAAACUUUGAGGUUACCGUUGAGGGAUCUGGUAUGAUCUGUUACGCUUUAUCUACCGUGAAAAAAUCUAUGAUAAGGACAGUGUAUGGGGACCCUUCUAAUAGAAAGGAUAUGUUCAAUGGAAAAUUUAAGAAUUGUGUUCCAAUAGGUGCCCAAGAUCCCACCACCCCUGCCACCAUGUGUAAUUAUGAAUGCACAUGUGAUCCCGGAUGUGAGCACUAUCAGCUUGAUAUCAGCAACAAAUUCCAAUUUCCAGGUUCAGAGUUUGCUAUUUAUAAGGU